CGCCGGGCGGGAGCUCGGCGUUCUGUCGCGGCGGCAAGGGGAGCAGCUCGCCUCGGCGGGCCGCCUUCUCUCAGGGUUACAGGAAAAAGCGUAGCCGUGCCGCACCCGCUGACUUCCUAUUAUGUGAGAUCCCUUCGCCGCCUGUAGCCGAGCCGGGCUCCGCCGCGGUAGGUACCGGCGCCUUCGGCGGCAGGAGCCGUGCCGGCGCUGCGGAGCCGUCGCAGGCUGCAGCCGCGCCGUGCGGCGAUGGCGGUUGUUUCUCUGACGUGAGAGCUGAGAGUUGUGGCUGAGCUGCCGGUUUGCUUGCUUUGGGGAAGAACGCGUUACGCUCGGCAGUGGCUUUACCCGAGGUGUUUCGGGCUGGUGGAUACACGGCCCCGCACUCCGUGCGCGCACGCUUUGUGCCCCGAGAGCCGUCGUCGUUUCCUGUUACGGAUCUGUCACAGUUUCCUGCCCAUACUUACUGAAAAGGAAAUGUUCAACUGUUGGAUUUGGAUAUUUAUAUUGCUCUGUAGAAGAUCUAUGGCAGAUGAGAACUCUACUAGAGAUGCUGACAUUUUUCCUUCUUCUCCUGAAAUUGAAAGAGGAUCCACCCUGAAACUAUUCUGUGUUCUUGGAAAACACUACACACCUCACAGGAAUGCAAGCCACAUCAUCUGGAAAUUGAAUCGUGAAUUAAUUGCUCAGGAAAACUAUAAUAUCGUCAAUGAGACUGUAUCUAGUAUAACUAUCAAUAAUUUCACUCACAACAAAGCACAUGUGAAGUGCUUCAUUAAGUACUUAGGGAAGGAACAACUUCUGGUUCACACUGAAGUUAAAUCUGGAUUUCCACCAGGCAUACCAAGAAAUAUUUCCUGCAUUUACGAUGUUGAUAUUAAGCUUACCUGUAACUGGACUUCAGGAAGAGAAACAAAUCUUGCAACAAGUUAUACUCUUUACAGAAAAAUUGUGAGUGUACAAGGUCCAAUUAUGCAGGAGAUGAAGAUCUCUGUCUGCCGAAGCAAAACUGAGUCAUGUUCAUUUCAUUACCCAAAUAUUCCAUUUGGUGAUAAUCUUUGUUUUCAAGUGAAAGCUGAAAAUGUUUUGGGUGAAGCCUCAUCGGAUUGUGUUCCUAUAAAUAUGGAAGAAAUAGAGAGAUUUCAACCUCCUGAAAUACUUUCAUUAAAAAAAUAUGCUGGUAUAAAGCAGUUGCUUACAGUAACCUGGAAGAUACCUGAGAAAAGUACACGCUUACUGGAUGUAAAAUGCCAGAUUCGAUACAGAAACUUGUAUUCGAACUCAUCGGAAAUUGACACUGUUAUGGUGGCUUCUGGAGAAGAGAUAUCAACACAUAAUCUCACAGGUCUGUGGGACUCCACAGAGUAUUUGGUUGCCAUUCGGUGUAUUAGUGUUGAAUCAAAACUCUGGAGUGACUGGUGUAAAGAGGAAAUAGCAAGUACAGAAGAGAAAGCUCCUUCAGAAAAAGUGGAUUUGUGGAGAGUAAUUGAGUCUUCAACCCCAUCUGGAAACAGAUCCGUGUAUCUUAUGUGGAAGCUGUUAAGCAACUUGCCACCCCAUGGGAGAAUUCUAGGCUACAAAAUACAGUAUUUUCCAGAAAAUAAUGCUGCACUUCAAAUGACAAACUUCACUUCUGAUAAGAAAAUUACUUUAUUUUUAAAUGAAGAGGCAUAUAUAAUAUCUCUUACUGCCUAUAAUUCUGCUGGAAAUUCUCCUGCAGCUAUUUUGAGGAUUCCAUCCACUGAUGAAAAAUCUUCUCAAAUGAUUGAAGCAGUGAGAACCUUUACAACAGAGGAAGAAGUGAUUGUGGAAUGGACAGUCUCUAAACCAGAAGUAACCGAGUAUGUAGUUGAGUGGUAUGAGGAAAUGGAGACAGAUCCUUUUAGUAGGUCAUGGCAGUAUAUAUCAAAUUCUACAAAGUGGAAACCUAACAAAAAAAGCUUUAAAUCAUUUGUAUGCUACAACAUGUCAGUGUAUCCCAUUGAUGGAAAUAAAGUAGCAGCUCCAUAUUCCAUACAAACUUAUAUUCAAGAGAAAAAGCCAUCAGAAGGCCCUGUGGCUGAUACGGGUUUCCCAGGCAAAAAUGAAGUUACAGUAAAAUGGAAUGAGAUUUCAAAAGAUAAAAGAAAUGGCUUUAUCAACAACUACACAAUAUUUUAUAAACCUGAAGGUGGAAAAGAAUUGAAUGAAACAGUGAACUCCGAUGUGCUACAAUACACGCUGAAGUCUUUACAGGCUAAUACGCAAUACACGGUCUAUAUCAUGGCAAGCAACAGAGCUGGGGGAACCAGUGGAGAGCCAAAAACAUUCAAGACUUUAAAAUUCAAUAAAGAAGAUGUUAUUUUCAUUGCUCUACCAGUUGGAUUAAGCAUGUUGUUUCUGGUAGGCCUUUGGAUAACCUGCAUUAUGAAAAAGCAGCUGUUUAAAAAGGUUUGCUGGCCUGAUGUCCCCAAUCCUGCAGAGAGCGUUGCAGUGCAGUGGCCUGUUGACGCAGCUAUGGGAGUGGCGUGUGAGGACAAAACCAAAGGCCUGGAAAACAUCAGUGUUUUGGAAGAUUGUUUUCCUGAAGAAGAACAUGAAGGAUCACUACUAAUGGAUUGUGAAAAAUGUGUUUCUGGAAGUACUGACAUUAAUACAAAUGAGGCACAGAAUAUCUCUGAGUACAAAUUAACUCUGCUAAAUAGUGAGGGAAAGAUACUCAACAACGAAGAACAGGAAGUUGCUAAGCACCUUUCACCAUCCAUGCCUUACAUAAUCACUGAUCAAGAUUUCAAAAGUCAAAUACAUUCAGCUUUGAUACCAUCCAAGAAACUUCAACCCAUCAAAAUGCUGGAGGAUGAUUUAUGUGAUUCCCAGCAGAUCUCAAUUAAAAAUGAAGAAAAUGAUAAUGAAGAAGUUUUAAACAGAGAAGGUUUCAGUGGAAAAAGCCUGUUCAAUCCAUACCUUAGAAAUUCUGUUAAAACAAGAGAAUUUCUUGUUUCUGAGAAUUUCUCAGAACACAGCAAGAAUGAACCCAAAAGCCAGGCAACUUUUUUACCUGGACUUCGACAAAAUGUUGUAGGACAAUCCUAUAUAACAUUGGACAUGGUUGGGCUGGCAACCGCUCAUUAGCAGAGGAAAUAAUUCCUUGUGAAGUCCCAGCCUGGUAGCACUGCUUUUGUAUGUGUUUCCUGGGUGGUCGUGGUUACCUCCUAUGAAAUUACCCUAUUCCCUUCAACAGCUGUGUGGUAAUGAACAUACUGUAUUUAUUCCUGUGAAGCUUCACUUUCAGAGUUGCUGGGGAUUUUUUAUUUUUUUAUUUUUUUAAACCACAGAAAUGUGUCAGCAGUAAGGCAAAGGACGUAGCUUUUCUUAGUUCUUCAUUUUGAUUUUCCCUUUGAGAACACCAAGCAGUGCAAGUAGCUUGCUGCUUUCCCCCUCAGCAACCAGUUCAGAUAGAUGAGCACUGCUGGGGCAGUGUGCACAAACUUGAACAGAGCCAACAUCUCCCAAAUUUUUCCUUAAGUUACAUGAAGUAAAACAACUUUACUGUUUUUUUCCCAUGCUUAUUUUGGAUCUAGUUUUUAUGUGUACUGUUUUCCCAUCUCACAGAUAGUUGGUAAUCAUCUUUGUGCAUCCUGCCUCUCAAAUCAGCAGUUUGGCUCAUGGUUGCCAUAUCUUUAAUGAGAGGAUUUGUCAUGUACAUGCUACUGACCUGUCAGCGCUUUGGAAAAGGGAGGAUUGUGUUGGCUUCCUGCUUCCUUCCCUUUCUCUCAUUUUCAGUCAUUCACUGUAUUUUGUGCUUCUUUGGCGCUGCUUCUGUUAGCUGUUUACUGCAUGAUAUCUUCUUACCUUCUUGCUACUGUGCCUUUAAUUUCUCCUAGUUUAAAACUGUUCUUCUCAGUUGAAGCUGUGGUAUUAUGAACUGGGGGGGAAAAAAAAAAAGAAAAAAAAGAAAAAAAAAAAGCUAAAUUAAACAUUCAGUUGUUUAGAAUUAACAUUUAGCCCCCCAGAAUUUCAAAUUCUACAAAUGGAAAUCCCCCAGACAUUAACAGAUUAACCAAUUACAGACAAAAUUCUCACGCUACAUGACCAUUAAAUGUCCAUUAAAAUCCCCUAAAUAAGAAAAAAAAAAAUGCACUAUUAAUGAAUUCAUGGGAGAGAAGGAAGCAUUCCUGUGGAUGCACCUCCACAGAUGGUGUGGUUGCUGCUGAACAGCUGAUUUGGAUGCAUAGGCAAAUGGUCUGCUCUGGCUCUGGCUACUUAAUGUUUCUCUUGCCACAGUGUAUAUUUCAUUACAAAUUCUAUGUUAUACUUUAAUAUUCCUAGAAAGUGAUAUAAGCAUAUCUGUUAUAAACAGAUUUCUCUUUUUGAGAUUGUUGAUGACUUCUUGAGGUAGAUGUUCCAACUUCUGAUCAUGAGUGGGAACUUGUUCAGAAGAGCUGAAUUUUCUACCCAAGUUUGAUAUCUAUCCAAGUUUGAUAUUGAAUGUGGCACAGCCUGAAUCUGAGCACAGUGCAUGUAAGGGACUCGCAGGUUCUGUUCCUGUGCCUCAGCAAAUGGGUUCAUGUCACCUAUGUACAGUUACUUCAAUCCUGUUUCCAUUUGCAUGUUCCAUUUUUUGCACAGUAAUCCUGUAGGCUUUGUGUUUGUAUACAGCUUUGAGAUUUAACAGCAUAAGAUGUGUUCUAGAUACAACCCACCCUGUUGAUGCCAGUAAUCUCUCAGGACAGGCAGGAAGGACCUGAGACCUUACCACCAUUUGGUCCCAUUAUAGGCUUCUUCUGUAGGUACAACUCAUCUGCAAUUACUGGCAUGGGUGUUUAUUUUUUUCCCUUUAUUAUUUCCAUAAUGGUUGUAAACAUUUCAGACCUUACAGGAAGAUACAGACAGAUACUGCACUUUUUUGCAUGUAUGCCUGUUUUUACUGAAUAAGCUUGUAUAAGAACACUGAAGUCUUGUGGUGAUGACAACAAAAUUAUAUAGACAGUGGGCAGCAUAUUAUUUCAUAUCUGUGUGCAGUACAGUUUUCCAGUGUGUUGAAUAUUCACAAGUAAGGAAAGCUUAUAUGUUACAUUCACAGUUUGCUUCCUUGUAGUGUGUAAAAAGCAGAGUGUCUCGGGAUGUAGACUUUCAGGAAGAGACAAUGAGCUGGCCUCAUUGCUGUUGCAAGCUAGUAUAGCUUCAGCAGAAGAGAUGCAAUUAUACAGAUAUGUCAUCUAUGAAACUAUAACAGUUCCUCUGAGAAACUGUCCAAUGAUUUGCUUUUGUACAUGUAAAUACAUGCGUAGUUGUGUCUGAGCCCAGACACAGAGAAAUAUCACAAUUAAUCUAUUGUUUGUGCAGCAAAACUUGCACCUGUUUGUAUAAUUUAUAUUGCUGAUGCCCAUUGUCAUCAGAAUGGAUGAGAUUGCAAGCUGGGAUCUUUUAUUCUAAAAUAUGCGUGGAGUCUUGUCUAAAAGCCCACAGGAUCCCAGCCUUUAACCUGAAAUACUAAUCUGUGUAUUUCCCGUAUUUGAUGUUCUGCUGUUCUUUGCUGUUCAGAUGUGGCUUCUUGUUUCAAUACGUGCCUUGACUUGAGCACGUGGUGCUGGAAGGAGGAUGACUGUGCCUAGUCCAAGGCUGUCUUCCUCACCUCUGUCAGUACCUCUGCACUUCCCAUGUGGGAAGUGGGCUUGUUCCCUUCUCUGGGAACUGCAGUGUCUCUUAGUAUUCGAGAAAGACGCAAUUAUUGUAGUGAAUUUUUUUUUCGUUUUCAAAAUCUUUCUUAUGAUUAUUGUUUGUCGUUUUUCCAUGAGUAAACAAUCAUUUUUUCUGCCAUCUUGCUAUUUAAUUUAACUCAAAACUAUUUUUGGCUGGCUAUUUUGAAACCAGAACAGAAGAAUGAACAGCGACAGUCUGGAAGUUGGCACAGACAUCUGAAUAAAAUGUUCUUUCAUGGAAUGAAGUUUUGUUAAUAGCAUAUCAAAACACGAACUGAAGCAGAUGUGUGUAUGUAUGGUGUAGAUUUAUUCUCUAAAUUUGUUUAAAACAGAACUUGCCAGAGAAGUAAGUGCAGAGGUGUUACUUAGUGCUGUCCUUUGCUCAUCCAGUGUCUUUGACUCUCUUCAGCCCUUAACAGGAUGGCACACUUCUAGGAAGGGUUAUGGGGACGCAGUCAGUGGAGCAGCCUAGGGAAGCUCGCGGUGCGCUGGCGCCGUGCCCUGCAGUGCAGGCAGUGCCAAUCCCCUGCUCUCUGCCCGCGGGGCUCUCAGCUGUGGGGCUGAGCUGUGGGAUCCCCCAGCCCAACGGGAGAAGGAGCUGCGCUGUAGUGCGGCACUUCUUGUUUCCAAAGCACCGCUUUAGUGUUAACCAGUCGCUCAGAGCAAUGAGGGCAACGCUUUCAAGUUUGAAUGAACGCCACUGACGUUUUUCUGAAGCCUUCCUCCUGUUCUUCAGGCAUUGCUUAGCCCCGGACUGCUGAAAGCCUCUUGAGCCAACUUGUGUUUCUAGAUUGCCGUGACUGAGUCAACGGAACAGAAGCUUUGCAGUGAGUAUUUCUCAGAAAAGCAGCCUGAAUUUCCUGGAUCUGCCAUUGCUAUCCUGAGAAUGCCGUACUCCCUUGCCAAGGAUCAGACAGCAGAAUUUUCUCCAUUAGAUGAGAAACUGUACGUGCGGUGGAUUCUGAUGAAGAAAUAAUACUGUGUUUCGUAACCAUGGGAUUAAUCAGUUGUACUCAGGGAUGCCAGAAACAAAGCUCACGAGAUUAAAAUCAGGGUUAGUGCUCUGCCUUGUCCACUUGGAAUGUCACUGAAAGCAACUCUUCGGCCUGAAGAAAGGGAGCUGGAGAGGCUCCGGAAUCAAACUACAGCAAAUUCUGCCAUAAUGUGACAAAAUCUGGACAAUUCUUCUUACCCUUUUUCCUAUGAAGUGAGUACUGCACACCUCUGGGACAAAUCCUUGUGCAGCCCUUCUCUGUCGAGUCUGCACGUGGUCUUUUGGGGAUUCUGACUUUUUUUCUAAUUGAAAACAUAUGUUUUAAAAAGCUUCUGAAUACAGGAAUUAACCCUAAAGGCACAGUGUCUUUUUUAACAGGAAGCUCAUUCUGUAGCUGCCCCACACCUUGGACCCCUUCCGUCCCACAGCCUCUGUGGCCAUUGCUUUCUUUUGAGAGCCAACAUCUCCCAGCAUGAUCCCUGUAUUUGCUUCUGUCUGCAGUGUGUUCUUCAGUGUUACACUGCUGGCUUUGCUCAUUUUUGAGGACCACCUUUUCCCUCCUUUUGCUUUCUUUUGGUUUAAUUGCUUUUGCACUGCUGAUGAAGCUCUCCACGGUGCCAUCUUAACGUGAUUUCAUACUGCACAGGCAUUGUGAGCCAGGAAGCUGUGAAUCAUAUUUUGUGCCAAUUGCCUCAUACGGCUUCAGUCUGUGCUCAUUUUCACCUCUCCUUCUACACUUGCAGCCUUCUCUGUCCUUUCUGAAGGAAGAAGGAGGAGGGCAGCACCCACUACUGCUGUACCUCCACUAUGCUGCACUGUGUGCUUCCCCAAAACCAGCUGUCUGCUCCCUCUGGCAUCGCCUGCCAGCUGGGACUGUGCAGUGCCUCGGCCCCAGGCUUGUUGCCCAUGUGCUCCCCAGGUUCCUGCCCUGAGCUGAAGUCUGUUCUCUGUGCCCAUGUGCUGCCAGGGCCAUCUCAAGCAGGGGAUGGUGAUGCCUAUGCCCCAU